AACCUUCAGCACUAUCUGCUGAUGACAGAGGGAUUGUUUGGAUUCAGCCCUCUGCCUUCUCAGGGUUCUCCCUCUUGCAGUCGACUCAUCCUACUAACAGGGGGAUUAUUUUUUGAAGUAAUUUAACCAGAAUUUGAAUGUGUCCAUCUAUAAUUCCCCCCUUUUGUGAUAUCUGGUUGGACGUAUUGGAACUUUGGGCCCAGGAGGAGCAACAUCACUGAGCUACAGAGGGAGAAGACACUUACAACGAGGAGAAAAGAAGGAAAGCAGAAAUCAUGGGUGUGGGAAAGGAAGAUGUGGAAAAAUUUCUUCUGGAGAACCCUGCAUUUGCAAAAACCUAUUUUGCCAAGAAACUGAGCCCUUCGUCCAUAUCCAAGGUGUCAGGACUCCCAGAGAAACAAAUUGACUUCAGCCAGUUUCAGGAGCUCAGUCAGAUUGAGGAAAGCCGACUGAUGUAUGACGUGAUCAAAGACAUGCAGGAAAAUGUCAACAUGGAAAAAGUAGUCUUCAAGAUCCUGAAGAGAAUCAGCUCUCUGAUCCAUGCAGACCGCUGCAGCCUUUUCAUGUACAGGCAGCGCAAUGGCAUUGGAGAGCUGGCCACCAGGCUCUUCAACGUCAGCAUGGAUUCUGUGCUGGAGGACUGUGUGGUGCAGCCAGACUCUGAGAUCGUCUACCCACUGGACUUGGGAAUUGUUGGCAAUGUGGCGCUGACAAAGAAGAACGUCAAUGUGAAAAAUGUCAAAGAGAGCCAGCACUUCAGCUCAUUUGUAGAUGAACUCACAGACUACGAGACCAGGAACGUUCUUGCUGCGCCCAUCCUCAACGGCAAAGACAUGGUGGCAGUGAUCAUGGCUCUGAACAAGACCACGGGACCGCAUUUCACUGCUGAGGAUGAGGACCUCUUUUUGAAGUACCUGAAAAUUGCUUCGUUGAACCUAAAGAUCUUCCACCUGAGUUACCUUCACAACUGUGAGACGCGUAAAGGCCAGCUUCUGCUGUGGUCUGCCAACAAAGUGUUUGAGGAGCUGACUGACAUCGAGCGACAGUUUCACAAAGCCUUGUACACGGUCCGAGCCUACCUCAACUGCGACCGCUACUCUGUUGGCUUGUUAGACAUGACAAAGGAAAAGGAAUUCUUUGACAUCUGGCCUGUGUUGAUGGGGGAGCAAGCACCAUACGCUGGCCCUGUGACUCCGGAUGGAAGGGAAGUAAUAUUCUACAAGGUGAUUGAUUAUAUCUUGCAUGGAAAAGAAGACAUCAAAGUCAUACCCAAUCCAACUCCAGACCACUGGGCCUUGCAAAGUGGCCUUCCCACCUAUGUGGCAGAGAGUGGUUUUAUCUGUAAUAUCAUGAACGCUGGAGCUGACGAGACUUUUAAAUUUCAAACUGAGGCGCUGGACGACAGUGGCUGGACCAUUAAAAAUGUCCUCUCGCUUCCAAUUGUCAACAAGAAGGAAGAGAUUGUUGGCGUGGCAACGUUUUACAACAGAAAAGAUGGAAAGCCUUUUGACGAUCAUGAUGAGCAGCUUAUGGAGGCUUUGACUCAGUUCCUGGGCUGGUCAGCUCUGAACACGGACACUUAUGACAAGAUGAAUAAACUGGAGAACCGGAAAGACAUCGCUCAGGACAUGGUGCUCUACCACGUCAAAUGCCGUAAUGAUGAGAUCCAGAAUGUCCUGAACACCAGAGAAGUCUACGGCUGUGAACCUGCUGAGUGUGAAGAAGAGGAUCUUUUAGAUAUUCUGAAAAAAGAGCUUCCUCCUCUGAUCAAGAAGUUUGAAAUCUAUGAGUUUCGGUUUUCGGAUUUUAACUGCACAGAACUGGAUCUGGUGAAGUGCGGGAUCCAGAUGUACUAUGAAGUGGGGGUGGUGAAAAAGUUCCAGAUCCCUCAAGAGGUGCUGGUUCGCUUCAUGUACUCAGUCAGUAAGGGAUACAGAAAAAUCACCUACCACAACUGGCGACACGGCUUCAACGUGGGACAGACCAUGUUUACUCUACUGACGACGGGGGCCCUAAAGCGAUAUUAUACUGACCUGGAGGUGAUGGCCAUGAUUACUGCAGGAUUCCUGCAUGAUAUUGACCACAGAGGGACAAACAACUUAUAUCAGGUCAAAUCUGGCAACCCUCUGGCCAAGCUGCAUGGCUCCUCCAUCCUAGAGCGACACCACCUAGAGUUUGGAAAGUUCCUUCUAUCGGACGAGUCUUUAAAUAUCUACCAAAACCUGAACAGGCGACAAGUCGAUCAUGUGAUUCAUCUCACAGACAUAGCUAUCAUUGCCACCGACCUGGCUCUUUAUUUCAAGAAGAGAACCAUGUUCCAAAAGAUUGUGGACCUUUCAAAAACAUAUGAGGAAGAGAAGAAGUGGGUGGACUUUAUGUCUCUGGAAACGACACGAAAAGAGAUUGUCAUGGCAAUGAUGAUGACUGCAUGUGACUUGUCAGCCAUCACAAAGCCCUGGGAAGUACAAAGCAAGGUUGCUUUAUCUGUGGCGGCAGAGUUUUGGGAGCAGGGUGACUUGGAGAGGACAGUGCUGGAACAACAACCCAUUCCCAUGAUGGACAGGAACAAAGCAGCAGAGCUUCCAAAACUCCAGUGUGGUUUCAUCGACUUUGUCUGUACAUUUGUCUACAAGGAGUUUUCUCGCUUUCAUCCACAAAUCCAGCCGAUGCUUGACGGCAUCCUCAACAACAGGAAGGAGUGGAACGCCAGAAAAGAAGAGUAUGAGGCGAAACUCAAAGCUAUAGAAGAGGAGAUGGCUGCAAAGGAGGCAGCUAAAGCAGCCAAAGCUGCUCAAAACAAUUCCAGUGGUGGAGGUUCCAAGACAUGCUCCGUGUGCUAAAUAAAGCCCAAAGAAACCUGGGCAUGCUAUGUGAUUGGAAGCAAACCUUCACAAUAAUAUAAACCGAAAAUUACCCGGACAACGUCAACCAACACACCAAGUCAAUGCCCAGAGAUACAAGUGAUCAUGUUGGAAAGACGGAUCUGGGACAUCAGAGCCAUGUGGUUCAGGUCAGAAAAGAUAAAACCCAGAGAAAGUGAGAUCAUAUCAUAGUUUAUACGUUUCAGUUUUAUGUAAAAAAAAAAAAAGACAGAUGAACUGAGAUUAUAUACUGCAUUUGGACCAACAAAGGAAAUCCCACAUGCUGGUUUGACAACACUGAAGAACAGAAGAAGGUGAGAAAACCACAGGAUCACAAAAGAGGCACAUUUGUCUUUCCCUGGAUCGAAGUUUACAUGAACAAAUAUUUAAAUAUAUAUUUUCCUUUUGGAGACUAAAGUUUAUUAAACUGGAUGUAUGUAUUCUCUGACUGUAAAAAGAAAGUACACAAUCAUUUCUGUUGAAUUCUCCUGGUUCAUUUUCUGCUUUGUAAAGCUUGUAAUUAAAUUCCAUCGAUAGGUCAAAACUGUAAAUAUUUAACGUAGCCAAAGAUCCUCUUGUACAGUUUGUGCCAGGAGUGACUGCUUAGUUACUUUAUUUUUGUCUAUAUGAAAUGUUUGUGGAGUUCUGCUUCGCCACAAACAUUACAUUCAUGGGAAAAUUCUAUUAGAACCCACAGAAAAAACAUGUAGUCGUGUUAUGUAAGAUGAACUUUCUCUCGCUAAAGGUUUACUUUUUCCAGUAACUCACCAUUUUUCCGUUGAGUUUGUUUACCUUGACAGCAAAGCGGUUAGCUUAUGAACAUACCAGUGACGUCUUAUUUGAAGUGUUUAUACAAUGUCAUAGAUUUUUAAUACCAGAAAGUCUGUAGAUGCUAACUGGUGACGCCUUUAUUCUAUUUAUACUGUUUGUCAGAGUAAGAAGCGGACACACAGAGCGUUUUCUGACACGUCUGCAGGUAUAAGAUCCAGGAAACCAGGCACUUUCUGGUUCAGCUUUGGACAUAGGUCAACUUUAUUCAAUCACCCUGAUUUUUGAACUGAGGGACAGACUUGAACGUACGUUUUCCAAUUGGGACCAAAAAUGACAUUAUUUUGAUCCCAGGGGUCAACUUAAAAAAACCCAUGAAAUUAUGUUCUACAAAAGAAAUUUAAUGUGAGAGGAUACUUUUUAAAGAACAGUCUAGUUCUACAUUCAGAGGAUCAAGUCAGAGACUUGAACCCAAGACUGUGCUUCUGCGUGGCGGCAGCUCAUACCACAGAUAGGAAGAAAAAAAACAAAAACAAACAAACCCUGAGGUGUUGAGCUGUUUGAGACAGCAGAGAGGAGAACUUUGUACAUACUUCCUCACUUCCUGUACAUAUCAAACAUUUUUCAAGUUGGAUUAGAGAUGCUUAUUUUUCAUGUAGUGGUGUAUCUGCACUUAAUGAGCUUGCCUUAGUGUACAGAUUGAAAAAAAAUAUACCACUAAUGGAAAUAAUGAGGAGAAACAAGUUUAAUAUUUGGAAUUAACUUGAAUGCACUGUGGACAAAAUCGGGUUUAGACUUCAGUGCUUGAAGCUUACGUGUACACACUGAUUCAAAUAAAGCAAGUGUUAUUUUUAA